UGCAUUUUUUACUUUGUCUUGAACACAGUUUGAAAUGGCGUCGGCGGAUGGGUCCGAGAAGUUGUCCACAGCCAUUCUUGAGGCUGUGGAUCGGAGAGGAACUGUUAACACACUCGAAUUUGCUGCAGAGCUUGGCAGAGACCAUCAGGAUGUCGUCGGUUCCAUGAACAGCAUCUCAGCAGUUGGGGAGAUACUCACAACUGAACAGAAGCAGACGAACCAGUGGCAGUUGACGGACGAAGGCCACAGUGUUGUCGAGAAUGGCAGCCACGAGGCGGCCGUCUUCAACGCAGUUCCCGAAGCAGGAAUAGCCCAGGCCGAGCUCAUGAAACUUGGAGCAAAUGCCAAGAUAGGAUUCAGCAAGGCCAUGUCCGGUGGCUGGAUUGUCAUUGACAAGAGCGACCCGGCCGCUCCUCUUGUCAAGCGCAAGGUCCCGACAAUCGUUGACACCGUCCAGGAGCACCUUCGCCAAGUAGCAGCCGACAAGGCAUCUGCUGUGCCAGAGAAAGAGCUCAAAGACUACAAGAAGAGAAAGCUUGUUCAGUUUGUCAUCGUGAAGACAUACAACAUCACCAAGGGUCCAUGCUUCACCAAGUCACUUGUCAAACUUGAGACUGAACUGCUGCCAGAAAUGAUUGCCAGUGGCUCCUGGAAAACAGCUUCGUUCAAGCCGUACAACUUCGAUGCCAUGGGCUCCUCUCUCGAUUGCGGCCAUCUCCAUCCGCUGUUGAAAGUCAGAGCGCAGUUCCGACAGAUCUUCUUGGAAAUGGGAUUCUCUGAAAUGCCCACCAACAACUACGUUGAAAGUUCGUUCUGGAACUUCGAUGCACUUUUCCAGCCACAGCAGCAUCCAGCUCGUGAUGCUCAUGACACUUUCUUCAUCAAAGAACCAGCCACUUGCAAUAAUUUCCCAGACGACUACCUGAAGCGUGUGCACCAAGUUCAUCAGGAGGGUGGAUAUGGCUCUCAAGGGUAUGGCUAUCAGUGGAAAAUCGAGGAGGCUCAGAAGAACCUGAUGCGCACUCACACAACGGCAGUCAGUGCACGCAUGCUCUACAAGCUAGCACAACAGCCGGAGUUCAAGCCAGCCAAGUACUUCAGUAUUGACCGUGUCUUCAGAAAUGAGUCACUGGACGCUACGCAUUUAGCCGAGUUCCAUCAGAUUGAAGGUGUCGUUGCCGACCGCAAUCUGACGCUUGGUCACCUGAUGGGCAUACUGCGUGAAUUCUUCCACAAGCUAGGUAUUCGAAAGCUGCGCUUCAAGCCGGCGUACAACCCUUACACAGAGCCCAGCUUAGAGGUGUUCAGCUACCAUGAUGGUCUUCAAAAAUGGGUGGAGAUCGGUAACUCCGGCAUCUUCCGCCCGGAAAUGUUAUUACCGAUGGGAUUGCCGAAGGAUGUGUCCGUAAUUGCAUGGGGCCUGUCCUUAGAAAGGCCUACCAUGAUCAAGUACAAGAUCAACAACAUUCGUGAUCUCGUCGGCCACAAGAUCGACCUGAAGAUGGUACAGCAGGCACCCAUCUACCUCAUCGACGCUGAAAGCUGAACGCUGUAAGUUCAGAACACGUGCCUGUCCGUCGUUCUCUACAACCGCGGUCUGAAACCGGUCCCCAUGUCGGCUAAUAUGGGAAACCUGCUAGCUUCACUUGGCUUCUUUCCAUUUCGUUCUUAACACACUUUUUUUCUUCUUUUGAAGCCCGUGUACAUGUACGGUAUUUUCCAGGUAAUAACGUUAUUCAUUGGCAGACACUAAUGGCCCCGGGUUAGUGGGCAUCAUGAUAACUGAACAUGUUUUAAGUUAAUUUUCCAACGCUAUCUUCUUAGGAAACAAUAAUAUUAUGGCUAUGCAAACAUGGCAUUUUCCGUA